AUGGCAUGGCCUCAGUUCGCCCACGAGACGGUUGCGACCUUAGCCGCCGUCCAGCCCUCGCAGUGGUGCCAAGCCUUCUUCCUCGGUGCGGCGGGCGGUGUGGCGGUGGUAGUAGCAGCGCCCGUCGAGGCGAGGACGCUGCUAAUGGACUACGGGGCGCGCAAGGCUCAUAAUAAUAAACAGCAGCAGCAGCGAGAAGGCCAACAUCAACAAGGACAGCAGCAGGCCGGGACACCUGCCUCCCAAACCUCGCCGAGCCGUGACCGACUGCUCUCGCUGGUCGCGGCCGUUUCGUCUUGGGGGCAAGUCCCGCACUCUUGGUUUGUGGCCUUUUACAUGGCUUCACUCGGCUGCUCUCUCUUCUGGCUUGUCCAGUACCUCACCCAGGGACGUCUCUUGGACCACAUUGCAGCGCGCCAGGUGGCGGCCGAGUCAAGGCCACCCGCAGCCUUGGGACAGGUGGCAGUGGCUUGGGUUAUCAUGUUCCUGCAGGCAAGCAGGCGCGUGUUCGAGCACGCAACUAUCAUCAAGCCGUCAAAAUCCACAAUUUGGUUUGUUCACUGGGUUCUGGGACUCUGCUUCUAUCUAUGCAUCAGCGUGUCCAUAUGGGUCGACGGAUCGAAUAACACGGCAACUCUGUUCAAAAUUCUGUUUGCCACCCCGAUAUUCCUAUUUGCCUGGGUCAACCAAUACAGGUGUCACAAGUACCUUGCAGGGCUGAAGAAGUAUUCGCUCCCAGACGAGGGGCUCUUUCGGCAUCUGAUUUGUCCGCACUACACCUGCGAGUGUCUCGUCUAUCUCUCACUAGCCGUCGUCACGGCUCCGCCCGGCCAGUUGUGUAACAAAACACUGUUGUGCGCUCUGUUGUUUGUGGCAAUCAACCUCGGGGCCACAGCAUCGGGAACUCACAAGUGGUAUGGCGAGAAGUUCGGGGCCGGGGCGGUCGCAGGGAAAUGGAACAUGAUACCCUUUUUGUUCUGA